UUACGGUAACCGCGGCCGAAAACACGCGGAGCAGCAGCGACGUGGAGAGCCGGAGUCGGAGCAGCAGCCGCGCCGACGUCCAGCCAGGGGGGCCGGGAUGAGAUGAGAGCGCUGCCCCGGGCGCCGCAAGCAUGAACGGGGCCGUGUACAUUUCGUUCUUCCAGGGCCAGCUGGAGUCCGUGCUGGAGCAGGUGGUGCAGCUGGCCGUGCAGGAAAUCAGCAAGUCGGUGGGCUCCAGCCUGAACGCGCUGCUGCUGGAGACGGCCGUGAAGGAGCAGGAAAACCGCCGGCUGCGGCUGCAGCUGCAGGCGCAGGCGCGGGACCGGGAGCGGGUGGAGGAGCGCGGCCCCGCGGCGGCCGCCAGGACCAGGGCCGGGGACGAGCGCGGGGGCGCGCAGCCCGGGGGCCCGCACACCGACACCCGCCGCCUGGAGCAGCGGGGCCGGGUCGUGGACCAGCUGAAGUCCGUCAUGCAGCAGGUCCUGGACUUCGCCGUGCGCGAGCUGACCAAGAUCGUGGAGGCGUCGUUCGACAACCUGCUGCUGGAGGUCGGCAAGAUGGAGAAGGAGCACGAGGGGCUGCAGGAGCGGCUGGGGCGGGGCUGCGGGCGGGCCGGAGGGGGCGGCCGCCGGAAGGGCUCGGAGAACGACUCGGCGUCCCCCAGCGGGUCGGAGGACGCCCGCGAGGAGCCGGCCGAGCCGCCCAAGGAGCCGGCGCCGCCAGACGGCCCGGAGGACCCCCCCGUCCUCGCCGCCUCCCAGGACUGGGUUCCCAUCCUGGACAAGGUGUUCGGGCAGAAGUGGUGCGGAGACGCCUGGCAGGGGAAGCAGCCCGGAGGGGGCGGGGCUGGGCGGAGCCUGAGCGAGGGGGCGGGGCACCGGGCCGAGCCCCUCUCCACCCCCGCCGUCAUCCUGGAGCCCAGGCCCUCCUCCCCCCAGCAGGACCCCCGCUGGACCCCCCUGGAGGACAUGGAGGUGUUUUCCCCGGACGAAGAGGAGGAGGCGGCUCAGAGGAGCAGCUCCGCCCCCGGCCACGCCCCUCCACCCCCCGCCUCCCCGACAGGCGGCUGCCCCCCCGCCUCCAUGCUGCACCGCCUCCUCACCCUGCCGUCUCAGCUGCUGGAGGACGAGGACGACGGCGCCGCCAAGGACGCGCUGGUGUCCCUGACGGCCAACGGCGGCGGCGAGCCGCGGGACGACGUGACGCCGGCCGCCCCCCCCAACGCCGAGGAGGAAGAGGAGGAGGAGGAGGAAGGAGAAGAGGAGGACAAAGGAAGGAAGAAGAAGCGGCGCCGGGUUUGGUCGGAGUGUGAGGAGUGCGGCCGGCGGUUCAGCCGGAUGUCCCUGCUGAAGGCGCACCGGCAGACCCACGCGGCCGGGGACGGCGCCGGGGGGGACGCCGACGCGCCGCCGUCGCCCCAGUCGCCCGCUGGGGCCGGGGCCGGGGCCCUGCCGCUCUGCUGCUCCCGCUGCGGCAAGAGGUUCUCCUCCGCCACCCGGCUGCAGAGCCACGCCCGGACCCAGCACCCCCCCGAGAACCGGUCCUGACCCGGGACCCCGAGAACCGGUCCUGACCCGGGACCGGAGACCGGCUGAGACCGAGGCUUUUACUCUGAAAGUCAGCAGGAAGUAGGGGAGUCUGCCCUCCUCUGAGCCGGAUCAGGGUUCUGGUUCUGGCGGGGACCGGUUCUUGCCCACCAGCAGACGACCGGAGCUGAAGUUCCACAGAUUUGGACUCGGGGGGGCCGCGUGAAUAUGAAAAACUUAACACAGAAAAAGAAGUUUUGAGGGUUUGGAAACAGUUUUUAACCUGAAUGGAUUCAGUAAGGGAGUCUGGGACCUGCUGCUGGACCCGGGACCAGACCUGGGGGGACCAGACCUGGG